UUUCACAUCCCCACACUAACAAAGAGACUCAGCGCUGCUGUCCCUUACAUCUCACAGUAAAUGCGGUGAGUGAUGCGCAACUAACGAUUGACGCUCCUGUACAUCGAGGCGAGAACGAAGAGGCAAAGAGCAGAAAUACACCUUGCUGUCAAGAAGAUAAAUUAGGGAAAGUUAGAAAAGUUUUAGGCAGACUUUGACUGAACGUAAAGAGCAAAAAUGGUGUCGGCCGGACUGGAGAUUCUGGGACUAUCGCUGUGCGUAAUUGGCUCGCUCCUGGUGAUGGUUUCGUGCGGGCUGCCCAUGUGGAAAGUGACGGCUUUCAUCGAAGCCAACAUCGUGGUGGCGCAGACGAUCUGGGACGGCUUGUGGAUGUCGUGUGUGGUGCAGAGUACGGGCCAGAUGCAGUGCAAGGUGCACGACUCCGUCCUCGCCCUCACCCACGACUUGCAGGCAGCCAGAGCGCUCACCAUCAUCUCCUCGGUGAUGGGGGUGGUGGGGCUCAUGGUGGUGAUCGCCGGGGCGCAGUGCACCAACUGUAUCCGCGCUGAGUACGUCAAAGCCCGGGUGGUGAACGCCGGAGGGGUCAUCUACAUCAUCAGCGGUCUGUUUGUGCUGGUGCCUCUCUGCUGGAUGGCCAACAACAUCAUAUCAGACUUUUACAACCCGCAGGUGCCCGCGUCCACGAAGAGGGAGAUCGGCGCUGCGCUUUACAUCGGCUGGGCGGCCUCAGCGCUGCUGCUGAUCGGUGGAGCGCUGCUGUGCUGCUCAUGUCCCUCCAGCGGGAGCUCUGGAUACUCGGUAAAAUACGCACCGACCAAGAGAGCCACACCGAACGGGGACUAUGAUAAGAGGAAUUAUGUGUAGCUAUGUGGCUCACAGCAGGCGGUGCGUAAAAGUGACCUGCAGCUUUUGAAAAACUGUUUUUGUUUUUGAAGGACGUUAUCUUUGCACCUGCAGUUUUGUUUUUAUAGAAAUCUGAACUUUAAAAAUCAAUGGAAGCACAUCUGCUGUUUUUACACUGGCCCUUAAUACGCUCGGACCACAAAUUCACAAAUCCUUUUUGUAUCUACAGGAGAUUAAAAAAGACUAUCAACUACAAAGGGUAGCUCACGACGAAAGGAGUAUCUUUGUUAGGUACCUGCUUUUGUAAGUCUUCGAAAUUAUUAGUAUUUUGAAUUGUUUACCGCUGUAACCGCAAAGUUUUUCUUUUCUAGAGGAACUCUUGCAAUCGAAUAUACACACUGUUGUUUUUGCCUUGAUGUGCAUUUUCAGCACAAACUUGUACAGUAGCUGAGAAUGAUUGCACUCCCACACAUUCAAAGACCUAUUUCCUUUUUAGUGGAACUACGCCGACAUGUUGAGGACUCCAACAAUGUCCAAUAGCAAUAAAGAACAAGGGAGAAAAGUGUACACACGUUAAAGCCCCAAUAAAUCUCCAACAGGCUUUUGUGUCGUUUAGAAGUUGAUGGCGGUGACUGUGAAGUGUGCAGUCUAAUUUUGGUCUUUGAUCAUGAAAUGUUAGAGUCCGUUAUUCGGCUGCAAUGAACACCUGCAAUGUUUUCAUCAUCGCUGUCAUCGCAGGAAGUUUUUUCUUGUCAGAAAUUCUAGGAAUAAACUUUGUUUUCUGUUGGUUUGUUGACGUUUGAUGUAAUGAUUCAUUAUUCGUGUAUAUGAAGAUGCAAUACUGUGUCAUUUUAUUAAGAUUAAACUGAAUAUAUUGUCUGAAA